AUGUGGUUCCUCCUCCUCCGCCUCUUCAAGUUGGGCUUCCAAGCCCGCAAGACCCACAAAGCCAAAAAGAACGGCACCUACGACCCUUCUGGUGCAUCCUUCCCCCUGUCCACGUCCAGCAAAACCGGCACCACCACCACCACCAUCACCACAAAUAACAUCCCGGCGCACCUCCGCUACAGCCAACCAAAACACUACCUCAACCUGUUCCUGCACAUCCUGCAACUAGCCUUCGGACUGACGGCGCUGGCCCUCUACGCGCACCACAUCCACACCAUCCACGACUCCGCCCCGACCGCCUCCGCAGCGCCCAAGGAUGUGUACGCGAUCGUGACAGCCCUGCUAGCCUGCAGCACCGCGAUAGCGUACCUCGUGCUGAGGCACUACAUUUUUAAGGGAAGGGUGCCCCUGGCGCGGCGGGAGGGCUGGCAGCUGCCCCUGUUUGUGUGGGACGCGGUGCUGUGUGUGCUGUGGUUGACGAUGUUUGGGAUCUUUGGGACGGAGUAUCUGGGCAAGAAGACUGCCACCGAGAGUGGGGAGAGCAGGAGGAUGAGGCAUGCGGUUUGGGUGGAUUUGGAGGGGUACCGAUAG